AUGCAUUCUGAUGAUUUACUGGGACGAGCAGACGACCUUCACCCCCCACGCAGCAGCCUCAGGCAAGCCACCCUCCAUUCCAACCGGAGGCGGGUCCCGCGCACGCCCUUCCACCGCGCAUGCUCCGCCCGCCCCGGGCUCGGCCUGCCGAGGAAUGUUGGGCGCCCGGCGGCCCAUAGUUUCCCCGGCAACCGGCAGGAAGCGGUGCCGCGCGUGGGGCUGCGCGCCGCCGCCACGGGGGGAUCGCGGAAAACGAGGCAUUGCUGCUGCUCCCUUUCUCUGCCCCAGCUGCGCUCCGGGAGAGGGCUCAUACAGCGGGGUGGUAAUGUUCUAAAAAUGUCCUCAGGCACCCAGAUAAAAGCAAAGGCUGCAGCACAGAAAAGCAAGACCUCCUCUCCUUUGCCAUCUUCUCCAGAACCUGCAAUUAAGCCACAGCCAAAGCCCAGUGACAAGCUGAAUCCCAAAACUAUUGAUCCAUUUGCUGCUCCUUCUAGAGCACCUUCUGCGUUUGCUGCUACGUAUGCUAAAGGUGGCAUUCCAUGCAGGUUAAUGCAUGGAUCAGUAAAGCACAGACUGCACUGGGAGUGCCCUCUUGAAACAGUUCCUUUUGAUCCUCUUCUUGUAACUCUGGCAGAGGGUCUGAAAGAGACAAAGCAUCCCUAUACAUUUGUUUCAAAGGAGGGUUUUAAAGAAUUACUUCUGGUUGAAGGUGCUACUGAAAAAGCCAUUCCCCUGUUGCCUCGUCUAGUUCCUGUGUUAAAGGCUGCAUUGGCCCAUUCAGAUGAUGAAGUAUUUGAAAGGGGAUUAGAUGCUUUAGUUCAACUGAGUGCUGUUGUUGGCCCAUCUCUUAACGACCAUCUUAAGCAUCUGCUCACAAAUCUUUCAAGGAGAUUAAUGGACAAGAAAUUUAGAGAAAAAAUCACUGUUGCUUUACAAAAGUUGGAGCAAUAUGGUGGAAAGGCAACGGUGACUAUCAUCAAAUCUAAAAUUCCAACCUAUUGUUCUGUAUUCCCCUGAACAAAAAAUCCAUAGUGAUUUCAAGUCUGAAGAUAAACUGCCUGUGAACAUCACUUCGUGCAAUGUCACAAUGAAGAUUGGCCUAUCUCUGAAAGCAUUUCACCUAUUGGAAGGCAACAAGACACAUACUCAUGGAAACAGUGGUUUGGGAGGUGUUCCUGAAGAGGACAGAAGCAAGUCAAAUGUGAAAGGAAAUUGCUGCAAGCUGUGCACUGGACAUUAAUGAUAGCACUUUAACUCAAAGUAUUAAUUAAAAAUAUGAGGAGUACACCAUACAAACAUGAAAAGAAAAUACAGAGUAAUGCCUCUGUGUAAAUUUAGAAGCUGAGACUUAGUAAGUAUGCUCAAACACCCCAAGCUGAAUCCAGUACAAAUGUGUAGCAAAACUAAGAGAAUUUAAUUUCCUUGUUUGAUUAAAUCUAUUUUAUCUAAGGUUUGGAAUGAUAAUAAAGAAAGAUGCAUGUCAGGUUCUGUUUUGAGGGGUUUUGAAAUAAAGCAC